CCGCAGGAGCCCGGAUGGAGCACCCUCGUUGGCAGGGCGCGAGCUAGGUGAAGUGGUCUCCAGGGUUCCGCUGUAGCAGAGCAGGAGCGUGGACCUGGGAGAGUCUUCUGCCAAGGCUGUAGCAUGGGUGGCAAGAACAAGAAACACAAGACCCCGGGGGCCGCGGCGGUCCGGGCCGCCGUGUCUGCUUCCAGAGCCAAAUCUUCCGAGGCCGGAGCUGCCGGGGAAGCCCAAAGCCAGAAGCCGGUGGCCAGGCAGCCCCCCGCCGUCGCUCCCAGCGCCCGGGAGCCCCGAGUCAAGCAAGGUCCAAAAAUUUAUAGUUUUAAUUCUUCAAAUGAUACUGGUGGUCCUGCAAAUCUGGAUAAGUCUAUUUUGAAAGUGGUAAUUAAUAACAAGCUAGAGCAAAGAAUUAUUGGAGUGAUCAAUGAACAUAAAAAGCAAAAUAAUGACAAGGGGGUGAUUUCUGGAAGACUUACUGCCAAAAAAUUACAGGAUUUAUACAUGGCUUUACAAGCAUUUUCAUUUAAAACUAAGGACAUUGAAGAUGCCAUGACCAAUACACUCCUGCAUGGAGGUGAUCUUCAUUCUGCUUUGGAUUGGCUCUGUUUAAACCUUUCAGAUGAUUCACUUCCUGAAGGAUUCAGUCAGGAAUUUGAAGAGCAACAGCCUAAAAAUAGGCCAAAGUUUCAGUCUCCUCAAAUACAAGCCACUGUUUCACUUCCAUUGCAAAUUAAAACCAAAAAAACAGAAGAAGACCAUAAGAUUAAGUCUGGGCCAUGCUCAGCUGAACAUUUCUGUUCUCAGAGGUUACCUGCUAGGGCUGGAACAUCCAUAGUGGCUCCUUACUCACCUGACUUGGGACUCUGCGGAGACCAGCAGACAAAAAAGGAAGAAAAAAAUGUGGAAGUAAAUAUGAAAGAGUGGAUUUUGCGAUAUGCGGAACAACAGAAUGAAGAAGAAAAGAGUGAAAAUUCUAAAAAUUUAGAGGAAGAGGAAAAAUUUGACCCUAAUGAAAGGUACUUACAGCUUGCAGCAAAGCUUCUGGAUGCAAAGGAACAAGCAGCUACCUUUAAACUAGAAAAAAAUAAGCAGGGCCAGAAAGAGACUCAAGAAAAAAUAAGGAAAUUUCAAAGAGAAAUGGAAACUUUAGAAGAUCAUCCAGUAUUUAAUCCAGCCAUAAAGAUAUCACAUCAACAAAAUGAAAGAAAGAAGCCUCCUGUAGCCACAGAAGGGGAAAAUACUUUGAACUUUAAUUUAUUUGCAAAGUCUACAGCUGCUGCUGAUGAAGAGAAAGAUAAAAAGAAAGACCCCCAUGAUGUAAGAAAUUUUGACUAUACUGCUCGAAGCUGGACUGGAAAGUCUCCCAAACAAUUUCUGAUUGAUUGGGUCAGGAAGAAUCUUCCCAAGAGUCCAAAUCCUUCCUUUGAAAAAAUUCCAGUAGGUCGAUACUGGAAAUGUAGGGUGAGGGUAAUCAAGUCUGAAGAUGAUGUCCUUGUGGUGUGCCCUACUAUCUUAACAGAGGAUGGCAUGCAAGCUCAGCACUUGGGUGCUACUUUAGCCCUUUAUCGUUUAGUGAAAGGGCAGUCCGUUCAUCAGUUACUCCCUCCCACUUACCGAGAUGUUUGGCUGGAGUGGAGUGAUGCAGAGAAGAAAAGGGAAGAAUUAAAUAAGAUGGAGACCAAUAAGCCACGUGAUCUUUUUAUUGCCAGACUUUUAAAUAAGUUGAAACAGCAACAGCAACAACAGCACACUGAAAAUAAGAAAGAAAACUCUGAAGAUCCUGAGGAAUCUUGGGAAAAUUUAGUUUCUGAUGAAGAUUUUUCUGCUCUGUCCUUGGAAUCAGCAAAUGCAGAAGAUUUGGAACCUGUUAGAAAGCUUUUUAGAAAGUUACAAAGUACCCCUAAGUAUCAGAGACUUCUAAAGGAAAGACAACAGUUACCUGUGUUCAAACACAGGGAUUCCAUUGUGGAAACUCUUAAAAGGCACCGGGUAGUAGUUGUGGCAGGUGAAACAGGGAGUGGUAAAAGUACUCAAGUACCACAUUUCCUGUUAGAAGAUUUGCUUCUGAAUGAGUGGGGAACGAGUAAAUGUAACAUUGUCUGUACCCAGCCUCGAAGGAUCUCAGCAGUGAGUUUAGCCACCAGAGUGUGUGAUGAAUUGGGCUGUGAAAGUGGCCCUGGAGGAAGGAAUUCUUUAUGUGGAUAUCAGAUCCGGAUGGAAUCUCGAGCUAGUGAAUCUACCAGGUUGCUUUAUUGUACAACAGGGGUUUUGCUAAGAAAACUUCAAGAAGAUGGCCUUCUAAGUAAUGUGUCUCAUGUUAUUGUAGACGAGGUUCAUGAAAGAAGUGUCCAGUCAGAUUUCCUACUAAGUAUCUUGAAGGAAAUUUUACAAAAACGUUCAGAUCUACACUUGAUUCUAAUGAGUGCUACUGUGGACAGUGAAAAGUUUUCUACAUAUUUCACACAUUGUCCUAUUCUCAGAAUUUCAGGAAGGAGUUAUCCUGUUGAGGUUUUUCAUCUUGAAGAUAUAAUAGAAGAAACAGGAUUUGUCCUUGAGAAAGACUCAGAAUAUUGUCAAAAAUUUCUGGAGGAGGAAGAAGAAAUAACCAUUAAUGUUACAAGCAAAGCUGGAGGAAUAAAGUAUAAGGAAUACGUGCCAGUUCAGACUGGAGCAAGUGCUAGUUUAAAUCCAUUUUACCAAAAGUAUACCAACCGCACUCAGCAUGCUAUUCUCUACAUGAAUCCUCAUAAAAUCAACCUGGAUCUCAUUUUGGAACUUCUUGUAUAUUUAGACAAAAGUUCUCAAUUCAGAAAUAUUGAAGGAGCUGUACUGAUCUUUUUACCAGGCCUUGCUCAUAUUCAACAGUUAUAUGAUCUCCUGUCAAAUGAUAGAAGAUUUUAUUCUGAACGAUAUAAGGUGAUAGCUCUGCAUUCUAUUCUUUCAACUCAAGAUCAAGCUGCAGCCUUCACACCUCCUCCUCCAGGAGUCAGGAAGAUUGUUUUAGCAACAAAUAUUGCGGAGACGGGUAUCACUAUUCCAGAUGUUGUGUUUGUAAUUGACACUGGAAGAACAAAAGAGAAUAAGUACCAUGAAAGCAGUCAGAUGAGUUCUUUGGUUGAGACCUUUAUCAGUAAAGCCAGUGCUCUGCAACGCCAGGGGAGAGCUGGGCGGGUCAGAGAUGGCUUCUGUUUCCGAUUGUACACAAGAGAAAGAUUUGAAAGUUUUAUGGACUAUUCUGUUCCUGAAAUUUUACGUGUACCUCUGGAGGAAUUAUGUCUUCAUAUUAUGAAAUGUAAUCUUGGUUCCCCUGAAGAUUUCCUCUCCAAAGCCUUAGAUCCUCCUCAGCUUCAAGUAAUCAGCAAUGCAAUGAACUUACUCCGAAAAAUUGGAGCUUGUGAACUAAAUGAGCCUAAGCUGACUCCACUGGGCCAACACCUUGCAGCUUUGCCUGUGAAUGUCAAAAUUGGCAAGAUGCUUAUUUUUGGUGCCAUAUUUGGCUGCCUUGAUCCAGUGGCAACACUGGCAGCAGUUAUGACAGAAAAGUCUCCUUUUAUCACACCAAUUGGUCGAAAAGAUGAAGCAGAUCUUGCAAAAUCAGCUUUGGCUAUAGCAGAUUCGGACCACUUGACGAUCUACAAUGCAUAUCUAGGAUGGAAGAAAGCACGGCAGGAAGGAGGCUAUCGUUCUGAAAUCACAUACUGUCGGAGGAACUUUCUUAAUAGAACAUCGCUGUUAACCCUAGAGGAUGUAAAGCAGGAACUAAUAAAGUUGGUUAAGGCAGCUGGAUUUUCAUCUUCUACAACAUCUACCAGCUGGGAAGGAAAGCAAGCCUCACAGACACUCUCUUUCCAAGAAAUGGCCCUUCUUAAAGCUGUAUUGGCUGCAGGACUGUAUGACAAUGUGGGGAAAAUAAUCUAUACAAAGUCAGUGGAUGUUACAGAAAAGUUGGCUUGUGUUGUGGAGACAGCCCAAGGCAAAGCACAAGUACAUCCAUCCUCAGUAAAUCGAGACUUACAAACUUAUGGAUGGCUUUUAUAUCAGGAGAAGAUAAGGUAUGGCAGAGUGUAUUUAAGGGAAACAACGCUAAUAACUCCUUUUCCAGUUUUACUCUUUGGAGGUGAGAUAGAAGUUCAACACCGGGAACGUCUUCUUUCUGUUGAUGGCUGGAUCUAUUUUCAGGCUCCUGUAAAGAUAGCUGUCAUUUUCAAGCAGCUAAGAGUUCUCAUUGAUUCUGUUUUAAGGAAAAAGCUUGAAAAUCCAAAGAUGUCUCUUGAAAAUGACAAGAUUCUACAAAUCAUUACAGAAUUGAUAAAGAUGGAGAAUAGUAAUUGCUACUGAAAUUUAUGUCAGCUGCUUUAAAAUUAAGCUGAAGACACAAUCAUGAAAUUAUGUGGAAAUGGACCAUCCCAUUAAGUGUUUUAUUACCUAAAAUGUCGGUACUAGCCAUAACCUAAAAGGUGGCAGGAAAGAAGCACAUACUUUCAACAUGUGUAAUUUUCUACUUCCUUUUUAAUGAUUCCUCUCAGUAUAUUUGCCACUACAUUUACAAUAAAUACUUUGGUAUCAUC